GCUUCUCCUCUGCGUCCAUCUCGCCGAGCGCAAGCGCCUGAGGCCGGCUCGGGGGAUGUGAGAGCCCAAGCCCCUCGGCUGCCAGGCACCGAGUGGGUCGGGAUUUGCAAGCAGGGCCCCGGCUCCAGCUUCGCGAGCUCGGUUCCCACCCGAGGGACCCAGGCCCGACGGCGAGUUCAGGCUGGACGGCGGCCGCCGCGCGCCCAGGCUCGGCUUCGCUGCGCGCCCAGAAGAUGAAUCCUGUCUCGGGGCCCCCUCCGCUCCCGCCGCCCGGGCAGCAAGUCAUCCAUGUCACGCAGGACCUCGACACGGACCUCGAAGCCCUCUUCAACUCGGUCAGGAACCCCAAGCCCAGCUCCUGGCGGAAGAAGAUCCUGCCCGAGUCGUUCUUCAAGGAGCCUGACUCGGGCUCGCACUCGCGCCAGUCGAGCACCGACUCGUCGGGCAGCCACCCGGGACCCCGACUGGCCAGCGGUGCCCAGCACGUCCGUUCACACUCGUCGCCGGCCUCCCUGCAGCUGGGCACGGGUGCGGGCGCCGCUGGCAGCCCUGCGCAGCAGCACGCGCACCUCCGCCAGCAGUCCUACGAUGUGACAGAUGAGCUGCCGCUGCCCCCGGGCUGGGAGAUGACCUUCACGGCCACUGGCCAGAGGUACUUCCUCAAUCACAUAGAAAAAAUCACCACAUGGCAAGACCCGAGGAAGGCAAUGAAUCAGCCCCUGAAUCAUAUGAACCUCCACCCUGCCGCCACUUCCACCCCCGUGCCUCAGAGGGCCAUGGCAAUGUCCCAGCCAAAUCUCGUGAUGAAUCACCAACACCAGCAGCAAAUGGCACCCAGUAGCCUGAACCAGCAGAACCACCCUCCUCAGAACCCACCAGCAGGGCUCAUGAGCAUGCCCAACGCACUGACUACUCAGCAGCAGCAGCAGCAGCAGCAGAAACUGCGACUCCAGAGGAUCCAGAUGGAAAGAGAGAGGAUUAGAAUGCGCCAAGAGGAGCUCAUGAGGCAGGAAGCUGCCCUCUGUAGACAGCUCCCCAUGGAAGCCGAGACUUUGGCCACGGUUCAGGCUGCUGUCAACCCACCCGCCAUGACCCCAGACAUGAGAUCUAUCACUAACAACGGCUCAGAUCCUUUUCUCAACGGAGGACCAUAUCAUUCGAGAGAACAGAGCACCGACAGCGGCCUGGGGCUGGGGUGCUACAGUGUUCCCACCACUCCAGAAGACUUCCUCAGUAACGUGGAUGAGAUGGACACAGGAGAAAAUGCAGGACAGACACCUAUGAACAUCAAUACCCAGCCGACCCGCUUCCCUGAUUUUCUUGACUGUCUUCCGGGAACAAACGUUGACCUAGGAACUUUGGAAUCUGAAGAUCUGAUCCCCCUGUUCAACGAUGUAGAGUCUGCUCUGAACAAAAGCGAGCCCUUUCUAACCUGGCUGUAAUCAGUUCCGUUGGAACUUGGAUGCAGCUGUGACCUGACAUUUCCUGGGCCUCUUGGGAGAAGCGAUGGGUCAGAGCAAGUCUGCAGGUGUGCCACUUUUUGCCUCCGUGACCCUUGCUCUCCCCUUUCCAUGUGGCCAGUUUAAUCAUUGCCUGGAUUUGAUUGACAGUAACUUAAGUUAAACUCAUAGGUAAAUAUUCUGUCUUCAUUUUCUGCAAGCCUGCAUUCCUGGGAUGGAUUAUGCAGAACUGUUUCUGCAGAAUUGAUUCUCCUUUUCUCUCUCUCUCUCUGUUACCCCAUGACUAAGCUGUAGGAGUGGUAGCUGAAAUUGAUAGAUCAAUUGAUUAGAAACCAUAUACAGCUGACCACAGGCAGUGUCUUCUGACGGGUGGCUUGGUCCAGGAAAUGUGCACAAAAUGAGACCUGAUUUGCAGUUUCAAAAACUGUAUGGAUGGCAGUAGUAUCAAAUGCUUUAAAAACCUAUUUAACUUGAGCUUUAAUCAUUGUAUGGACAGUAAAAUUCUGCCGUAGGGAGUACAAUGUAGUUUUGAAUCCA